CUUGAGUAAGGUCCUUGUCGCGUGUGCUGCUGGUAUUCGGUGUUGGUUCUUUUCCUGCCGGUUCAGAUUGAAUCUGAAACUGAUUGAAUCGGCGGAUUGGCCGAUGAGUCGACGCCCUUAUUAUUAGCAUACAGUAUUCUCAAGGAUCAUUUCACAUUUGCACCGAGCAAUGUUUCGAGAUCUUAUUAAUAAAGGUAGGGAUUUUGCUGAUAAACUGACUAACAUGGUUAUGAAUUACACUGAGGCAGAAACUAAAGUUCGGGAGGCUACAAGUGACGAGCCUUGGGGGCCACAUGGACAGCUAAUGAUGCAGAUAGCCGACCUAACGUUCUCUCACGGCACCUAUCUCGAAGUUAUGUGCACUCUUUGGAAUAGGCUUCAUGUAGAUGCCUCUCGAGGAUGGCGGCGCACGUAUAAGUCCCUGGUUCUGUUGGAGUUUCUUCUGAAGAAUGGUUCAGAUCAAGUUGCCCCCGGUGCCAGGGAGAAUAUUUACGAUCUGCGUGGUCUCGAAUCCUUCCAUUUUAUCGAUGAAAAUGGCAAGGAUCAAGGAAUAAAUGUUCGCAUUAAAGUCCAAGAAAUCAUCGACCUCCUUCAAGAUCCAGAAAGACUAGAAGCUGAGCGUUCAAAAGCGAAAGUGAACAGUAGAAUUUAUUUUGGCCGUUACGCUUCCGAUCGCAUGGAGUCGAAUACAUCGUCGUCGCACCCUAAUCGGGUAACUCGUCACUGGAGAUCCUCUUCUCGUGAUACCUAUGACGACGACGACGACGACGAGGUGGACCGUAACCGAGAUCGUUGGACCCGCUUGUCUUCACCACAAUCCGCCCAUCAGCCAAACCGUUUGGGAAGUUUUGACGAUUGGCAUUUAGGCAGGGAGAGGGGAAUAGUCGACGAGGUGGUGGACCAUAUGCGUGAAGCAUGGGAUGUUGCGAAAAUAACCACUCGAGAUUUAUUCAUACAGCGCGAUUCUGAUGUGCAUCCUAACGAAUCAAACCCACGGAUGGUCUCCGAGGAAUUGUACCAGUUUCCAGAUUGCGCUGUCGAAGUGGAUGGCGCUUUCAUGCAAAACUCGCGUGAUCCCUCUCCUGAGGAGUUUGAGCUACCUGAGCCUGUCCAUCAGGAGGAGCGUCCAAAGAGCGUCCCACAGAAAAACCACCGGGGCGCUCCCCCACCGUCGAGUAAACUGCAAGCCACCAAGUUAGAAUCGAGACCACAAGUGCCACAGGCUUCCCUGAUCCAAUCAUUUGACGUAUGUGCCUCAAAUAACGCAGACCUGCUGAAUUUGGAUGAUCCACUCGACUCUUCGUCCGUCUGGCCAACAGGAAAUGGACCAACUCUCCCUUCUGUUUUAUCCCCACCCUCGUUAAGCUUAGGUGCGGGUCUUGGUCCCCACAAAAGCACAUCUGUCUCUGUGGAGUCCAAUGGCGGUGUGUUGGAUGCGGACUUUGGAGAUUUUGUGUCUGCCGAUGGACAAAUGGCUCGCCCAACAGCAUCUGCAUCACUUGGUUUGAUAGAUUUCUCCUCUGUGCCACCCGUUCCGUCAGCAACUCCUAGUGACGCAACCUGGCCUGGAGUGGCGGCCACUUCCUCAAACAGCCAAGCUCCUGUGUCAUCUAUUGCGCGCAACGCGGGGCCAUCUGUAGCCAAUUUGUCUUCUCCCGCCGUUGAACCGAAUCCCAAGGCGCGAACGAACCCGGUAAUAGGAAGCACAUGGAAGGAACUAGACUCUCUUGGCAUCAACCUUGAUACCCUGGCAAUGCCAAGCAAAGUAAACUCACGUCAGACGACUGGCCCUAGUCUACGCCAACUUCAAUACGCAGGCAAACCGGAUUCCCCGGGCGCCUCUCCAUUCUUCUCUGCCUAUCAGACUGGUCAACAGUCGGUUCCUAACCAUUGGCAAUCAGCAUUCUGUCAAUCGUGUUCUGCUGGCAGUCCACUUAAUCAAAACCAGGCUUCAUCGCCUUGCAAAGCGUCACCCCAUUUGGAUACGAUAAUUAGGGUUCUCGCGACAACUCCCGUAGUUAACUUACCGGAUGGCUGUUGCACCCUGGUUGUCACUUCUGGUGUGUUAUCUGAAGUCGCUUUAAUCGCAUUGUCCGACAAGCAGUUAUCUAUCCAACAACCGAAUUACACGCGCAUGCUUCUCUUGUUGGUCAACUAUUUCCUACGAUUCACAUCUAUUUUCCGCAUGUCAUCGUCUUUAUCAAAUUUUCGGCUAAACCCCAAUGUCGAUUGCGAUGUCUUGCUAACCACACUUUUCUGCGCGCCUUGUUUGAUUUAUGUGGUUAGUUUUCGCAUCUGGAUCACUUGA